AUGCUUCACGGUUUAGGAGAUAGCCAGGUCUCUGUACCGCCUGAUGCAGAUCCAGCACAGCUUCUUGCGUCUGUGCUGGAUCACAUUGCGCAGGCCAAACCUUCGCUUUCUUCGGACCAACUCAUUCCUUUUAUGCUAUCCGUUCUUUCGACUUCGACGGAUGCACAGUGUGCUUCGUUGGACGAGACACAACGUCAUAAGAUUUUCGCUGCGCUCCAUGAGCGCUACGGCGAUACGGUGCCCAAGGCCCUUGAACAGGCCAUGUCGAAAUACGCCAAUGGCCGACGAACAGCGGAGGUCCUGCGCAUGCUAGGCCCGAGUGUCAUGACGCCAUCCCUAGCACGUGCCCUUCUCCAGGCAACAGGUUUCACAUCGCCCAGUACACAGGAGGUGGCGUCGCUUCUCAGCCAGUUGCUGACGCUGCCCAGCCCGCGAGCGACACCUGUGACGGAUUUCGGCGCGGUGGCCAAGGCUGUGUACGCAUUGCAGCCGUCCUUGGAUGCGCGUGCCAUCCUACAAGCGCAAGAUUCCUGGCCGGAGCUGUCGGUGCCGCCGUGUGCGGCCAUUGGCACGGGCCUCUGCGCAUGGAUUCAGGAGCAAAAAGACGCGGUAGCGGCGCUCUCUGGUCUGUGGGGUGUUUGGCAGCAUCGCCUGCGGCAGCUUCAGCUGCUGUUUUCGAUGCUUUUGCUAAGUGAGUCGCCGCUGCAGAUGGUCUCGCUGCCGGUGCGCCGCAUUGUGGAUGUGAACGACUACAAAGAAGCUCCAGAGACGGUGCAGACACAAGCCCAAGCUGCUAGUGAGAGUGUGUGGAACAUGACGGACCUUAUUGAGACUCUCAUGGAGCUGGCCGGCAGCGCGCCUGGUGCGGAAGACAGCAGUGAGGUUGGUCGUGCUGUGACGGCCAUCCUGGAGCGUGCGAUUCAGCAGCAGGCCGACUGUGUUUUGCUGGGUCUUGCUGCGAUUCCGCCGUCGACCAAUGCUGUGCACCCAGAGCUGGUGACCAAGCUAUUGGCAAUGUUCUUGUCAGGACACCCCUCCGGUCAACUGGUGUUUUACAGCCUGUGGCAUACGCAGCCGACGUUGUUGCUCGACGCCUUCCAGCGACUGUACAGCGACAGUGCGUUGCAUCUCACACGCAUCGUCGAGGUCGCCCAAGAGCUGAAUUGCUUGGACGCGCUGCUGAGCGAACAGCGUCCGCUGGUAUUUGUGCUGGACGCAGCAGCACUGGCAGCGCGACGCGAUGCGCUGGAGCUGGAACCAUGGCUGCAAAAGCGGAUUAGCGAUCGGCCUGCGGACGAGUUUAUGGUGACCAAGGCACUUGACUUUUUGGAGCAAAAGAUCAAGGAGGACUUGGUGCGUCGCGAUCCGCAAGCGGAGCCUACGUUUGUGCCGCUGAGCGUGCAGCAAGUCGCUACGUUUUUGCGUGUGCUGCGUAGCUUUGGCGAUACCAUGACGCCGGAAGAGAUUGAGCACUUCAAAGUGGUGCGCAACCUGUGCUUGCAGCUGCAUCCACGUCUUAUGUCUCUCACGCCAGGCACCGAUAGCACGGAGCCGGGCUUGUCUGUGACCUCCUUCUCGAAAGAGAUCCAUCGUGAGGCUGAUUCGUGGUACCGCCAGAUGUACGAAGGCAAGGUCAGUGUGGAUGAUAUCAUGGCGCUGUUGAAGCGAUGCAAACACUCUGACGACCCGCAUGAGCACCAGCUGUUCGCGUGUAUGGUACAUACCCUGUUUGACGAGUACCGCUGGUUUGAGCUGUACUACCCGCCACGCGAGCUGCUCAUGACGUCGGAAGUGUUUGGCUCGCUGAUUCGCGACCAACUUAUUGACUCGAUCCCGCUGGGCAUUGCGAUUCGCUACGUGGUCGACGCCUUGCGCUCGCCGCCAGAUUCGCCCAUGUCGCACUUUGGUGCGCGGGCCUUGGUACGCUUUUGGCCGCGUCUGUCCGAGUGGCCGCAGCUGUGCCAAGCGCUUAUGGCCAUGCCGACGCUGCAGCAGGCGCACCCGCAGCUGGUGUACCUUGCAGAAAAGGCGCUGGAGGAUGCGAAGAACGGCAAGACACGCGCUUCGACAGAGUCGCUCUUUACUGCAGUGCAUGUGGACGAGGUCUCCACAGACGGGCAACGUACACCCAGCGAGGCGCAGUCGGAUCAAAUUCUUUUCCUGAUCAACAACAUGACGAUGACCAACGUUGCGGAAAAGCUGCCGGCAGCUCGGGAACUGAUUUCCGGCGACGUGCUGCAGUGGCUGGCGCGCUACCUUGUCGUGGAGCGUGUGAGCUUGGAGCCCAACAACCAUGAGCUGUACCGCCUGUUCCUCGAUGGCUUGGAGCUGCGGAACACGUACACGUAUGUCCUGCAUGAGACGCUGGUCAAGUUGAAGAGUUUGCUGGAGUCGGAGAAGACGAUGCAGUCGUCGUCGGAGCGUACGAUCCUCAAGAACUUGGCCGCCUGGCUGGGUCUGACGACGUUGGCGCGGCAGAAACCCAUUCGCCACCGCCAUAUCUCGUUCAAGAUGCUGCUCCUGCAAGCGCAUGAAGCGGGGCGGCUCAUGGUCGCGAUUCCGUUUGUGUGCAAAGUGUUGGAGCAGUGUGUGCAUUCGGUCGUCUUCCGACCGCCGAACCCAUGGCUCAUGGCCGUCUUAAGCCUACUAGUCGAGCUGUACCAGUUUGCGGACCUGAAACUCAAUCUGAAGUUUGAGAUUGAAGUGCUGUGCAAGAGUCUGCAGGUGGAUCUGCAGCAGCUUCAGCCGAGUCGUUUGCUGCCGGGCCGUCGUCCUGAGCCGCCUAGUGCGCCGCCGGCCGAGUACGGCACGGCCGGUGUCGUGGCUGGCAUGGAGCAGCUCUCGGUGGGCGGCGACAAUGCUGCGUACCAGGAUAUGUUUGUCACGAUGCUGCAGAACAUGGCGCAGUACAUCGUGAUUAGCCCGCAAGUGGUGCCGUACGCCAACAGUGCGGCGUGGAAGCGUGUCAUGUACGUGGCGUUGGAGCGCGCGAUCCAGGAGAUUAUCACGCCAGUGGUCGAGCGCAGCGUCACCAUCGCCUCGAUUUCCACACGGGAGUUGGUCAGCAAGGACUUUGCGAUGGAGCCUGACGAGCACAAACUGCGUACCGCCGCCCACCAAAUGGCGCAGAACAUGGCGGGCAGUUUGGCGCUAGUCACGUGCAAAGAGCCACUGCGUCUGAGCAUUCUCGCGCAUGCGCGGCAGCUGUUCGCAGCGGGGGGUGUUACGGAGCAGGCGCUGCCGGAGCAGGCCUUGCUGCUGCUUGUCCAGGACAACUUGGACUUGGCAUGUGUCGUGAUUGAGAAGACCGCGAUGGAAAAGGCCCUGGCCAAGGUUGACGAAGGUCUUGCGAGUGCCUAUGCGAAGCGCCGUGAGUUUGUGACGCAUGGCCGUGGCGUUGUGUUUUGGGACAAUGCGUCACUAUUGCACUACAGCACGACGCUGCCAGACAUGCUUCGUAUUGCUCCGCCAGGUUUGCAGCCGGCGCAGUUGCGUGUGUAUGACAACCUGGCGAUGACGCCGAGUAUGCCGCGGGGCGACGAGGAUCUGGAGGCCGAGGAACUUGCGGCGGCAGGCGUGGUUGUGGCGAGUGCGGGCGGUACGCCGCCGGCGCGUGCGCUGGAGCGCUUCCUCAGCAUGGCUGCGGAGCUGGAGCGCUUCUUUACCGAGGUGGGCGACACACAGACGUUGGCGACGCUGCCGACGAACCACUUUGUGCGUCAGAUCUCGCCGCACCUGACCGACCUGGUCGUGCAUGCGUCGCAGCGUGACGAGACGGUGCUGCUAAUUGCGCAGAAAGUGGUGCAGCUGCUGUACAAGUCGCACACGCGCCUUGCGCGUGAGGUAUGGGUCGCCGUGUUGGAGCAGCUGUGUGAGCAGUCGCCCAAGGUCGCGAAGGAAGUCACGGCAUGGCUCGUGUACGCGGAAGACGAGCGCAAGUUUGACGUGCCUGUGACGCUCGAGUUAGUACGUGCCAACCUGAUCGGCAUUGGCGAGCAGGAGCAGCAGCUGGCGAAGCUGGUGCUUCGUUCGCAGGGCCGGCCGUCCGUGCUGGACUUUAGUGCGCAGCUGGCUCGCGAGUUGCUGCAGAGCGGCAUCGCUACACGGCAGCAGCUCGCGACCCUGCUCAGCGCCUUGCACCAGGUCGUGCAGUACGGCCGCGCGACGCCUGCGACGCAGCAGCUGCUGGACGAGCUGGACGAGCUGGCGCCGGGCGAUGCGGCCCUGCCGCUGCGGGAGCAGUUGGCGUACAGCUUCGCGAGCUGGGUACGUAUGUUCCAGCAAGCGCCGAACCCAGAGAAGGCCUUUGUGGAGUACGUGACGCAGCUCCAGAGCCAGAACGUGCUGAAAGGCGAGCAAGUCUCGUCGCUCUUCUUCCGUAUGUGCACGGAAGUGAGUGUGGGGCACUACCUGAAGCAGCAUGCCGUCGGCGGUACCCGUGCGAGUGGCAUUUACUCACCGAUCGAUACGUACGCGCAGCUGAUCGUGUACCUGGUCAAGUACCAUGCGGAUCCGCAUGGCGCGAACGACGAGCACGCGAAGGUGCUGUACCUGACCAAGAUUCUGUCGAUCAUCGUGCUGGUCCUUGCGCAGUCGCACGAAGAACUCGGUGCACGUUUCCAGCAGAAGCCGUUCUUCCGCCUGUUCUCGAGCCUGCUCUUUGACCUGCACCAUGCCGAGCCGGCGCUGCAGGGGGCGUACCAGGGGGCACUGCUGGCGAUUGCCAAUGCGCUGCACACACUGCAGCCCAGCACGUUCCCUGGCUUUGCGUUCUCCUGGCUGGGCCUCAUGUCGCACCGCCUGCUCCUUGCGCCGCUCCUGGCCGCGCCGGGCGGCACGGCCUUGUUCCAUCGCUUGAUGCUGAGCCAGCUGCGGUUCCUUGCGCCGUUCCUGCGUCAGAGUGGCCUGCACGAUACGAUGCGGCUGUUGUACACGGCGACGCUGCGUGUGCUGCUGCUGCUGCUGCAUGACGCACCCGAGUACCUCGCUGAGCAUGCGCAGAGUCUGAGCGAUGCGAUCCCGCCGUCGUGCAUCCAGAUGCGCAACAUCAUUCUGUGUGCGUACCCACGCACGAUGCGCCUGCCCGAUCCCCUGGCUGCGUCCGUUCGCCUCGCUACGCUCCCGGAGGCGAAGCACCUGCCUGCGUCGCAGUACGACGUACGCGCCGUGCUGGUGAACGCGCCGAAACUGCAAGCGUGGCUCGACGAGUGGCUGCAGCCGUCGCGCAAGACGACGCUCGGCACGUCGCUAGCCGACGCAUGCAAGGCCACGCCACAGCAUACCGACACGCACUUCCACGAGCCGCUGAUGAGUGCGAUGGUGCUGUACUUGGCACAUAGCGCAUGGCAAGGCACACAGCAUCUGCUUAGCACGGCGCCAGAGGCUGCACAGCGUGAUCCCGUGCUGGCGCUGUACCACACGCUGCUGCGGGAGCUCGAGCCGGAAGGCCGGUACCUGCUGCUUAGCGUCGCAGCGAAUCAGCUGCGAUUCCCCUCGCGCCAUACAGCGUACUUUAGCACACUGCUUCUUACGCUGUACAUGGAGGACGACGCCUUUGUCCGUGAACAGAUUCUGCGUGUCCUCCUGGAACGUGUCAUUGUGCAUCGACCUCACCCAUGGGGCGUGCUGUACACGUUUGCGCAGCUCCUGCGCGCCCCGAAAGUGCCGCUUCCGCAAGCGCCCCCUGAAAUCCACGCGAUCCUCGAGCAUAUGGCCAAGACCCUGUCUCCCGAUCGCGCCGUCGCCUCCACCAUGUAG